UAGUAAGCAAGGCAACUUUGCGCGAGUGGAUUUAACGCUCAUGGCUGCGGUUCCCCAGCAACACUACAGCAGCAAGGCAAUCGUCCAACCAAUCCCUUUAAACAAACAACAAUACGACGGACUUCAAGACCUAGCGAGAGGAAAGCCUGCGUUGCUUUGGUUGUGCACGUUUACGCCUUCCCAAUUUCAACCACUAGUCUAAUUAGUAAUUACGUUUGACGGCCCCCACUUCUGCGUUUACUUUAGAAAGUACGUGGAAAUGGUUCGAGGGGAAAUUUCGCUUCACCGAUCUUUGAAAUGAAUUAGAGAGAAACAGAGAGAGUGAGCGGAGGAGGAAGAGAGACUGGAGUUUUCCACCCGUGCGGACAUUGGUGCCAAACUAGCUCCCUCCCUCCCGCGCUGGCUCUGACGAAAAAGAGCCACUACUGAUUUCGACCCUGCCAAACCCUUUUUACGAUAAGCAGGCGAAGAAAAUCAAUCGCUUAUAAUUUCCGGCGGCGGGAAAUCCAAGAUUUAAGUGACAUGUGGCAUCCUCAGAGUAGCAGAAGCAACUCUAGGGUUCGGUUGUCUCCUCCCCCUCUCCCCCCGGCGUUAGGCUGAGAGGGCGAGAGAGAAAGAGAGAGAGAGAGAGAGAGAGAGAGUGUGUGAGUGAGAGAGGGCUCGCGAACGAGCAAGAGAGAAAAGCAGCCAGCCAGCAGCAGCAGUUGUUGUCCUGACCUUACUGUAGUUGGUGGGGAGAGAGACACUACAGCUCGGCCAACGACAGAUACUUGAAUACACACAUACUCACACACAUACACACUACCUGUUGGACGCAUACAGAGAUCUAGUUUCAAUACCAGUUUCUUUCUAGGGGAAGAGAUUAUAUUUAAAGAAAAAAGUGGUGUUGUUCGCAGAUAAAGCAUAUUUAGCAAGUGAAGGCGGUGUUCUAAGCAUAAGGUUGUGAAAUAAAUUUAUAUAAGAAAAUGUGGUUAUAAUGAGUUUACGGAAAGAAGUGGUUUUAUACUAGGAUUACUUUUCACCGUGAAAAAAAAAAAGCUGAUUUGACGAUAAUCCAAGCCUACGAACCUCAGUGUAAUGUUUUUGGACUGAUUUCACCGUGGUUCUGUUUGUCAGCUGACGACGAGGAGGCUCUUGCGCGCACGCAUUCAUCCUAUCAUAUUCUCCCCUUCCCGUUCAGGCAUCCGUCAAAUCAAUACGUUCGAGCAUUUCAACAGGCUGAAAAGUUCAAAAGUAUGACGAGAUAACAGAGGUGCUUCGACAAGAAGAGACACGUUGGCCACUGGCGUAUCAUUUAACCUUCACCAAGAACAAGAAAAAAUGAGUAUCACGAGUCUUGAUCCACUCUGCUACGACUGAAGAAAACGGGAGACUUGAAAAUAACAGAAAACGGGAAGGAAACAAUCGAAGAAAAAGUGGACGUUCUCUUACAUCUCUAAUUGAGGCUCUUCGUGGCCGUGAAGAGUCGAGGGAAGGGAAUAAGACCACGAACAUGAAAUGGUGUGGAAUGACACUCGUGCGUGUGUGCCUAGCAAACGAGCCUGACCUCCUCCUCUUCUUCUUCUUCUGCUUCUGCUGGGGGAGAUUCACUCGUCUGUUGCUGGGGUCGUCGUCUCUACCUUCCUCAGGAACUAGCCGACCGAUGUGGUGGUAGCCCCGUCAAGGGUAGAGGGUAGGGAGAAUCCUGCACGAUUCCCUUUUCACUAGCCUGUUUCUUUCUCCUUCUCUUUCUCCUCUCCCUCUUUUUAUCUCUCGUUUCUUACCACUGCCUUUUCCCCGCUUCCUGCCCGUCGAGAGUAUUCUCGCCAGAUUCCUCCUCCCACUCUUCUUCCUCUUCCUCCUCCUCCUCCUCCUCCUCCUGGCGCCCCCUCAUGAGGAGGCCUCGUGAGGUCUUCGUGUCUCGGGGAAGUCGGCCCUAACGCCACCUGCUGUAAGGGCCGAAUAACGAUGGUUGGGCCCCCGAAAUGGGAUGUGGACGAAGUACCCUUGGCAGCGAUAGUCCAAAGAAGAGUAAGAAGAAAGCAGUUGAAUCAGAGCUCAGCAGCGACGACAACUCGAGCACCAGCAACAAUAGCAACAGCGGAAGCAACCGGAAGCAACACCGCAACCAGCAGCAACAGGUCAUUAACAAGUUAACGCCGGUAGGAACCGGGCCUCUCAGAGCGCAAGCGAAAAUCUCCAGCAGCCAGCAAAACUUCUUCAUGAUGCUGGACCAGAAGAUCGAGAUGGGACCCGAUUACGAAUCGGAAGAAGAAGAAGUGGACAGAUACCGACGCUUCCACGAGUACGCGGAACAGUGGCACCUCCUUACGCACCCGAGGCAAACCUCGCCCACAACCCCGCCCACGCCGCCUAUGAGGUAUCCUGUGGAUGAAAAUACUUGUGGCUCUGGAAACAUCACUGAAGAUGAUGAAGAUGAUGAUGGGCUCAGCGAACCCGAAUGCAUUCCCGACGAGGCUGUACGGGAACAGUACAUGUUUAUGGGGAACCUGUAUACCCUAACACACAUACGCACCGAUGCUGACAAAACUGAGCCAAAAGUCGACAUCGAGAUCCCACCCAAACCAGAUAAAGUUGUUGAAGAUGGGUACAAAUUCAAUGGCUCUGCAAUAUCAGAGGAUAAUGUUGCUAGUCAAGAGAGUGAGGUUGUCAACAAGGACAGUAAUUCUGACAAGCAAGGCUCAAGGCCAGUCUCAAGGUCUUCCACAUCUCCUAGACCAGCUUCCUUGAUUCUUAGGUCAGUUUUCCCCGUCGAGACCACACCUGAAUGACACCUUUCAUGUAGGUGCCCAGGACUGGCGUUCCUGUGUUCCAACAUGCCAUUGAGAAGGACCUCGCUGGGAAUGGCCACCGGCCCAAACGUUCCUUAUCCAAGGAGUGUCCUAGCACUUGUGGUCCCUCUGCCAAAUAUAACUCAAAUGUGGUGCAAUAUAUAUAUUACAUAUACUGUCAUUAGUGUCAGUUAGUGCUAUUACUUCAAUUUUAUAUUGAUAACUGUACUAUUUAACAAAGGGGAAAACGUUGCUGUUUGUGCAUGGUCUAUUUUAAGGAGACCAUUUUGUGCUUUUGUUCAGAUGAAGAAAUCUGAUAAAACUUUUCUAAUAACAGUACUUCUAGAUGCCCAUAUACAAAGUGAUAUUUUUAGAUGUUACUGUUGGCUGCUAGAUUACUCAGCAGAUAUCUAGACUUCAAAUAUAAAAAAUGUUUUACUUGAUGCAGAAACUUUAGACAGUGAAGCUCAAAAUGUGUUUGUGAUUGUUUUUCCCACAAAGAUAACUUAUGACUUUAUAAGUUUUAAUUUUGGCCAACACAAAACAAGGACUGGAGUAUCCACAACAGCCAGUUAUGGCAAAAUUACCAUGAUCUGGAAUCAUUCAUUGACAUGCACACAGAAAACCAAAACAAUCACAGUGUCGGAUCCUAAGAGUUAAGGAGUCACAGUAUUUAAGAAUGUGUCAGUUAUUGCUUUAGGUUCACCUCAGGAGAAGAUGAGAACUUCAUUUUCCCAAAAGGUGGUACUGUACCAGGAAUUGGCUCUGCUGCCACUUAUACUUCUGUCUUUCAAAACUGAUCAGAUAAGACCCAUUUUCUGGUUUGGUUUUUCCUCUGCAAAAUUGGUUUUAGAUAUUGAAAUAUUUUGACAUAGUUCUAAUAAAUUACUGGUCUAACCCAUAGAUUUGAUGGUGGAAAUUUCAUUUGUUAUAUAGGUAAACAGCCCUCAUUUUCCUCUGAAAUAUGCUUAUCAUAACACAUCUAGCCAAUGUCCUUGUGCCAAAUAUAUAAAGAAAUAGUUUUAUUGAUUUUCCAUAAAUUCAUAGUCGUUCCUAGGAACCUAGGAACCAUUUGCAAUAUGAUAUUCAGUGUUAUUUUAAAAGCAAGAAACAGUUUUCAGUAUAAAUAUAAGUGAAUAAUGAAUUCAGAACUUCCGUUAAAAGUUUAAUAUUUUGUAUGGUAAGCAGUGAUGACAUACUGGUCUAAAUAAUGCUUAGUUUAUAUGUAAGAGUAAAUAUAAAAUUAAAAAGUCAUUUACUAUAUAAAAGGAAGAAAAAUGUAAUUUACUCAACAUUGAUUCUAAUCUAAGUGAAACUGAAAUCUCCCAGCAAUUGUAAUGUGGUAUUUUUUAUAUAUAUAUUUCUCUGAGGUAACACAAAAACCUCACAUAAUUAAAGCAAGUGUAUUUUAGUUUAUCUUUGCAGAUGGAACCUGUAGCUGAAAUUUUGGCUUGUCUCAACUAGAAAUAUCAAUUUCUAGAUCCAUGAGUUUGUGAUUGGUGCACUUUAAUAGGUCUAAUGUUAAAAUCGCCUCAUUUUCAUUUGUCUUCAGUUGUCAGUUUCUGCUUGGUUGCACAUUACAUUUUUCUUUUUUUACUUUAUUUAAAACUCUGGAUGCAGUAACUUUCUUUUUCAUUGAAUUUACAGAGGAUCCUCAUUAGGUAAUGGAGUGCAAGCAUUUGUUUAGAGGUACAUCCCAUAAUGGUAGAAUUUUACAUGUUCCCAAAAUUAACUCUCAUGUUCUGAUGAUUUUUGUUGUAAUUUGGAUGGUAUUCACACUCAUUUGCAUGAGAUGGCUCACUUUUCAUGUUAUCCCCCCUUUUCCCAAUACAACCCCAGAGGGGAGCCUGAGAAAUCGGGUGUUUUAAGACAAGGAAUCCAUAGCAACUUGAAAUAAUGAGGCUGUAACCAAUCUGAAGUUACUGAAAGCUUAUCUUACAAGAGUAUUUUGUGGUUAUGCUGGAGAAGUCCUCAUCUGACUAUCAAGAUAAAUCAUAACCUUAUCUUGCCUAUAAUACAGUGGCCUAUUCUAGCUGGAUUAAGGGUUUGUUCCUAGAACAUUCCUGAUAGUACUGUAUCAUGAAUUUACUCUUUGACUUAAUUAGCACAUUUAGACUGUCCAGGUCAUGUACUAGCUUUUCUAGCCAAGCCUAGGCUAUAUAGAAACUAUGUAAAGGUGAAGUAUCCAUGUCGCUCACAGUGGAUACAUCAGCUGCGUGUUCAUUGUAUUGUAAGUCUAAGCCUUGGGCACGUGAUCUAGCCUAACUUGAAUUGUGCCCAGCAAGCUCUUCAAGUAUAAUUGCAUUAGUAAUUUUUUUCAUUUUUUUUCUUCAAGGUUUGCAAAUGUCAACUUGAAGUAAAAUAAAUUUUUAAAAAAACUGCUCAUGUAAAGAUUUACUAGUAAGUCACCUCUGUUUCACCGAAAGUGACUAACAAUUCACAAAUAAUAUUUACAAAAAGACCACUUGGUAGAGAGAAUAUCACUCCCAGGGAUAAUAACCUGAAUACAUGAACUUGAACCAGUGAAUAUAUGAAUCACAGUUUAAAUAUUUUGAGUUCAUACUAGAAAAAUUGGUAAAGUUAUUACCUAGCUAUUACCAGUAUAAUCUUAACAUGGAAGGGAAGCCAGUUAAGCUAUUAUGUAAUACCUCAUCUCUUUGUUAUAGGUAGAGUGAUGUCCAUUGGAAGAAAUCAUUUUGAUACAAUAUUUUCCCAAUGUUACACAACUUGGAAAGAUUGCCUAAUGAGUAUAUCUGGCAAGUUUUAGCAAAUUUUAUUUCCCUUUCAUGAGAAUUUUGCCAAUGCACACAGGGAGAAAAAUCAUGACCUCCUAACUGUUUAUGUAAAAGAAUAAGUAGCCCAGUCAGAGAACAAUCUUGAGUAAUUCCAAUCUACUUGAGCCAAUGAGAAAUAUCCAAAAAUUGGUGAAAGGUUUAUAAAAAAAGAGUUCAUACAGUAUUGUGAUAAGUCUUGGAAUUGUAAGCCUGCUGAUUCGUUUUCAUAGUGAAAUAAAUUGACAUGGUAUAUGGAAAACUCUUCUUCAUUAUCAGAAAUAUAAAUAUAAAAACUGUUGUAACAUUAAAAAUGAACCAAUGCCAUUAUUAAAAUGUUAUGACUUGAUAUCAUUCACGUUGAAUCCUAGUGGAUGAACAUUGUAGUUGGUGAGAUUUUUUGUUUAGCAAUGACUUCUCUGCCAUAAUUAUCUAGAAAAAUGUUUGGAAGGAAAGGUAAACACUAGAGUGUUGAAACCCAGAACAAUUAAAUUAUCUGAGAUACAUUGAAUAUUUGCAGAAAGAAGAUAUAUUUUUUAGGUAAGGCUAACAUUAAGAAUUCUCAUGAAUAUGGAUUCUAUAAAUUGAGUCAUUUUUCAAAUGCUAUGGCCAAUAUGUGUACCCUAGUUCAGAAAAAAAAACAAGAAAACAAAAGGGGAAAGAUCUAACAAGGCUCAGCCUGUAAGCAAAAUGGACUGGGAUUUUUAUGCAAAAACUAUUUCAUUUCUAGUAUUAUCACCAUGCCAUUUUAUAAAGUUGUUCAGUUGUCUGUACCUACAAAGCUGCUCCUGACAUUUGUGUUUUAUGGACCGUACAUCUAGAUUCUUACUAAACUAAUGAAGUUUAAGUUUCAAGAGAUUCAUUUGAGUCCAAGUUUAUAGUCAUGAUACUAAAGGUUGUGCCAUAGUAGUAGUAGUUGCUCUCUCUCUCUCUCUCUCUCUCUCUCUCUCUCUCUCUCUCUCUCUCUCUCUCUCUCUCUCAAACAUGUCCAUGGCAUUGGGCAUCAGCUGGUGUGAGGUACAGUACUUGAAUUCCAUUCAUUUAUAAUUAUAACAUUGAUAUACCUCCAGAAUGUGUAAUUCUUUGCCACCUUGUAUAUCCUGAAUCAUUUUAUCCAACUUAUUAUUUUUUACGAGGAAGGCUGGUCAUCACAUAAGAAGUUGUCAACUCCAUACACAUCUUUCUUUGCUAUAAAACAGUUGAUUCCCUUACUACCUUCAAGUUAUUCUCAAAGUAUGACUUUUAUGUUAUAGAUUCAUCAGCAUUAACUUUUUCAGUUGAAUAUUGACUCAGUCUGACUUCAGCGUCUUGUUAAAAGUAUGCAAUUUCAUUAGCUGCAUUCACUUUUGUUUGGAUUCUGAUAAAAAUACUAUAGAAUUUUGGCAUUUUUGACAUAUCAAGAUAUUUGUUGGCUUAAUAUUUUCUGAUGGGAAUUUAGGAAAUUGUACUCCAGAAAAGACGGUUAUAAUGGAAAGGAUGUUAGCACAUGAUCUUGAUGCUGUAAAUUUGUCAUUUCCUUUACAUUGCGUGUGGUUUCAUUUCCAUAACGUUUUGUAGUAAAAAGUCUUCAAAAUGGUGCAAAGAUGUAUUUUUUAACAAUUUCUGUGGAACUUUUCUUAUAGAUGCAGUUAAGAUUUUAUUCGUAACUUGUAUCCCUAAGAUAUAAUUGGAUGAAAUUACACAAAUCAAGUUUCCAAAUUUCUCAGCAGGUCUACUGCAAGUGUCAACACACUUCAGCGGCACUGAUAUUUUCUUCCUAUUAUUAGAGUAUGUACUUUUUUUGAAAUAAUUUGUCAUUUUUAAUAGGUUCAUGAAAAUUUACAGUUACUCCUUAGAAGGAGUGUCUGGGAUACAUGGUAAGAUGGGCCUAUUAUUAAGAGUGCAUACUGUUUUUGCAAUGAUUUGUCAGUUUCAAUAGGUUCAUGCAAAUUUACAGUUGCUCCUUAGAAAGAGUGCCUGGGAAACAUGCUAAGAUGGGCAAUACAGACUGACUGCUUGAUUCACAGUACGAUUAUUCAAAUAUCACCCACAUUAUUAUCCCAUACCUUCAUUUUAGCAUUAAAUCAUGUUUUUACUAAAAUUUGAAUUUAUUUAUUUUGCAUUUAAUCAUCAACAUCGUGAUUGUUGUGCAGCAUUGCUCAAUAUAGAAAUUAAUAGAAUUAUGGACCUCACCUUAAUAAUAACAUUGGUCUCUAAAAACUCCAGAUGAAGAGAAUCCACUUUCACAGAUGAUGGAAGUUCAGGACACUGAAUUUUAAUAUUUCAGCAAAUACAAAUAGCAUUCUAAUAUGUUAUGUGAGUACUACAUAUUGUACAUAGGAAAGCAUGCAAGUUCUGAAAUACAACAUUACAUAUGUCAUUAUAUUUCAAUAUUGAUUUUGGCAUCAGUGUAUGACUUUUCAGUGUUGAAUUCAACAUCUGUCAACUCAGUAGAUAUACAGGUCAUUUUGACCUUGAGAAUUGCAACCUGUUUGGUUUUUCAAUGAACACAAGUCAGUUUUAGAAAUUAUAUUAAUGACAAAUAUUGUUAAAUAUUUCUUUGUCAGUAUUUAGUUUUUAUACCUCUACUUAUGGAGAUUUUAGUGAUUUUUUUCUAUAGGUAAGCAUUCUUUUAUUGAGGCAUAUUAUUAUGUAAUGGCUAUCUGACUAUAGCACUGAAUCACUUGGGUUGUGUUUGUUAAAAAUCAUCAAUAUGGUUGUCAAAUCCAAUACACAUUGGUUGUCUUGUAGUGUAGCAGGCAUGUAAUUUUAGUGGAUUUUUUGUUCCAUUCACCAUGUGUAUGUAAAAUAUAACAAAAAUAUAGGUCUGGCCAUGGUGCUUUAAAGAUCAUUCCAUAUUAUAACUUUCUAGUCAGAUGCUAUAUCAUUCGGUUUUAUGUUCAUCUUGCUUUAAUAACCAUACAAUUUUGGAGGGCAGUUUCAUUGUGUUAGCCUGACUCCUGUAAAGGUUUGGUCUUUUCAUAGGUCAUACCAGUGAGAUGGCAUUCUUUACUUCCUGACUAUGGUAAAAUGAUGUCCAUGCCAUUUAAUUGUCUUUUGGCUAGAAACUGACUGCAUUAACCCACAUCAGUCACUUGGCCUUUCGUGGGCUUUCCUGUUCUGAGAUCUGAGUCACUCAAGUAGUUUUCUUGAAAUGCCCCAAGAAUAUACUGUUCUUCCUUGAUUGGUAAAGGAUUUUCCUUCUGUGACAUCACUAAGCACUUAUUAGCUAAGAGUCCUGGUGUCAUUCUCAGUGUUCAUAUUUUAUUUAUGUGAUGGGCAGGUGGCUUUAGUUGCUGGGAGAGGUGUGCUUUUUAAGUCAACAGAAGAAACAAGCACCACCUACGUAUUUUAUUGUGCUGCACCUUGCAGUAACUUAAUUUUUUUUAUUUUCUAACUACGUAAUACCCUACAAUGUAUAAAUAGGUAUGUAUGAAGUGGUACAAUGUGGAUUGCAGUACGUAUUAAUUUUCAUAGUUAGAUUUGUAAAGAUAUUAAAAAUUGAAUAGGAAUUGGUAAAAAUUAUACGUACAAUGAAAAUUUGACAGAAGCCUAAAAUAAGUUUGUAAAUGCACAUUAUUUAUAUAAAGAGAAUACGAUAAAGUUAUUAGUGUAAAAACAAUGAAUCCAACAGACAGACAGCCGAAGUGCAGUAGGACGGAUACCUUUCAUCUUUCAUGUAAUCAGUACGUACAGUGAACACCCCAUAUUCACGGACUCCAGAUUUGCAGACUCACGUAUUCGCGGACUCUGUAUUCGCAGACUCACAUAUUCGCGGAUUUCUCUCUGGAACAUAUACGCCUAUUAUUAUCGGAAAAUUUGCCUAUUCGUUGUAUUUUCUUUGAGAAACAUCCUCAAAUUCAUGUUUUUUUUCAUCAAUUUCAUCAUAAAAUGCACUUCUUGUGGUAAAACUAUUUUAAAAACCAGGUUCUAUGUAUAAACAUUUUUAGUGGGUUUUUCUUGAAUUUUAACUUACAAAAUAUGCAGUUUUAAGCGUUUUUAAAGAGCUUCAACUAUUCGUGGAUUCUAGCUAUCUGGGGAGCCUCUGGUACGCAUCCCUCGUGAAUAGUACAGGUGGAACACUUUAUACACAGGUUAACAAGCUGAUCUUGCAAGGAAAUACUAGAUGUGAGAUCAGUUUUACCAAUGGUCAUCACAUGAUCAAACUGGGUGCUGACUUCGAUAUAUUUAGUUUAAUUGUGGUAGUGCCCCAUGAGCAUGUUUUCUGGCACCUUUUUAGCACUGUUCACUAAUCUGUACACCAAGUAGUCACUAUGAUUGGCAACAUGAGGGGAAGCAUUUUUCGAAAGUGAUGCCAUGUAAGCAUGAACAUACAUUACGAGCAUUAUAAUCUUAUCAUCAGCAUUGGUUAUUUGGUGCAAAAAAACAUAUUGGUAAACAUGUUCAUGAAAUGCUGCUUGAAAUUUUGAAGCCUAUAUAAUUUCUUCCCAAGUAGUAAAAAAUAUUCUUUGCAGUGGGAAAGAGAUACUUGGCACCAUAUCAGAUAAGGAGAGGAAGAGGCACUAGAUGAUGAAAUGUUGUACCCCAAAGUUCAUUAUGAUUUUAAAUAUAAUUCCCAUAUGUUAUAACUUAAAAUUCUAUAAGGAAAAGGUAUUCAUCUGCUAUUAUUAUUAUUUAUAUUGUUAUUAUUUCAGGUGUAAUAGGCUAUCAUUUUGAAGGUGACACAUAAAUAUUUAAUAACCACUUAAAGUAGUAACAGUAGGUUUAUCAUUAAUAAGACUGAUUGGUAAGUCCAUUAAUGUUUUUGAUACAGAGGCUAUGGCAGAUAUAUUGUAUCAAAACAUAAUUUCAGUCUAUGAUAAUAGCUAUACUUUCAAGUCUGCUAUGACUCCUUCCAAAAUAUGUAAUUGGUUGCAGUUAAUAGUCAUGAAAUUUGUAUUUAAUGCUCAUUUUAGAUUAUAAGUUUAUGGUAAUAUCCAGUUACUCUGUGUAUGUACUUUCAUUCAUUAUAAUUUAUAGGUUGCUGAUAGGAAAUUUGUUUAAAAUUAUUUGAAUUUUUAAGGUAAUUUCAAUUUAUUGCACACUGUGAAUUCAUUGUAAGUUUUUAAUAGCCUAAGUAUUUCCAUUGUUAUGAAUAUGUUUACAGAAAUGAGAGUUUUAGUAUAUCACUAAUGUCAAUGCAUUGUACAAUGACCAUCCAUUUUAGUUCUUUAUGGGCAACAUUCAUUGUACAGUAACUGCAAAACUUUAUAUUGGUACAUUGGACACUGGUUAAAUUGCAGUUUCUUCUAUCAACGUAAAUUACAAUUUCAGUUUAUUUUGACAUUUGUUUUUUACUGUAGCAUUUUUGUGUUUUUCAUAUUGGUCAUUCAUUCUGAUAUUCUGAUAUAAAUAAUACUUAUUUCCACCGCAAAUUUCAUCUCGAUAUAUUCAGAGUAAUUUUCUCUUUGUAUAUACUUACUCUAAUCUGGUUGUUUCACAAACUGCUUCAAAGUUAUUUGUAAGAUUUUCAUUGUUGGUGUUCUCACCAAAGCUGUUAUCACUUUAGAUUGGCCUUAAUUAUAAGCAAAUUAAAGUAGAUACCUAAUUUCAUAUUCAAUAUGUAUUUCAACUCAUUAAAAAGUGUUUUUAAGUUUUAUUUUAUUUUGAAUUACUUAGAAAAUUUGUUCAUAGUAACUUCUGGUAGAAGCCAAUGUAAUUUGUUUUACAAUUUCUUAAACUGUAACUUGAAUUUCUUUAUCAAGGUUUUAUAUAAUAUGGAAUUUUCAGUUGUCAAGAUAUGUACAUGCUUUAUAAUAGCUUUCUACAAUACGUACUGAAAUUUUUUAUUUUCAAGAUGAUGAUACAUAAUUUUGACCUUUUCUCUAAUUAAAUCUAAGGCAUUCAAGUUUAAUAUCUUAGUAAUUUAUUUUUCAGGAUUUCAAGUUAAGUUAAAUGACAAUGGCAAAUUCUCAGUGUUCAGAAUAAGUUUGAACUGUAAUUUUUGCUCUCAGAUUCUUGUAGUAGUGUCAAAUUGACAUUCUGGCACACUCAAGAUUGUGAUCACUACAUGUUGGCUAAUAUUUGUAAAUUUAUUUUACUGAGUAAUUUGCUACUAAAGGUACUGUAUCUCAGAAACAAGUUUUUAUGUCUAGACUCCUUUACCACCUACUUUCAAGGCCAUUAAUGUUCCCUGUUUAUCCUGAUUGCUUGUAGGUUGUAAAAUGUUGUUGUAAACACAAUAAAUAUUAAUUAUUAUAGGGACAAAAUAAGCACAUAUUCCAUCUGUAUCCUAGUUGGAUAUACAUUUACAUAUCAGAUACUAUAUUUUAACAAUAUGGUCAUUAAUUAAAUUUACAACAUAGUGACUAAUUGGUUUAAAACUUACUGAAUUGUUGGGUAUAGCUUUAAGGGGAGAAGGUUACGGAGCCAGAGUUUUCUUAAAAGGGGACAGAGGGCAUAUAAGAAUUUAACGUUGCUAUAUUAAUUAAUGGUAGAUAUAUACCUAAAGACUUUAGCUAGACUAGAUCAUUUGUUAGGAGUUGUAAGAAAUAAAAAGAAUUUUAAGAAGAUUCUAUCGUUGAUUAUUGGCAGAACUUUUAAUAGGCAGUUAUCUGUAUCAUAAAUAAUGUACAGUACAUUUUUAAUAUGUUUUGCAAGAUAAUUAAAGACUCAAGAUUAUUAGAUCUUUAUAUAAGCUGCUUGACAACCUCGACAACUUUCACUACAUACUCGUAGAACACUUUUCUUGGGGCCUUAAACCUGUAGACAAUUUCCCAUGGGUUGUCUUCCUAUAAAGGCAAAAAGAAUAAAAUUGGGGAUAUCUUGUAAGAAAAGUCACCAUGUUAUUUUUCUUUGCCUUUUUGGAGAGCCCUAGCACCCUAUUUGCCUUUUUCAUUCCUAUUUCAAUAAUUCAUGGCCUUCUACUUUAUAUGGAUAUUUAUCAACUGCAUCUCAUAUGGAUAUUUACAAAAGGCAUCUCAGUGAUAUUACAAGGAUAUAAGUGGGUACAGUAUUAUUUUGAUGGUGAUAGUGCCCACGUGGUAUAAUAUUCUAGGGGAACUAUCUGAAGUAUUUCAGCUCGCAGGCCAGCACGAACUAAGGGCAGAUACAGUAUCCAAACAGUUCUUGCCAGUUAUUCGAUAUGUAGAAUUGUCCCACAAUUUGAAAUAUAUAAAGCAUAAACCUCUCAAAUUUCUUUUAAAAAAAGAAUACUGGAAAUAUGUUAUAUUCCUUGGUCUUUUGAGAAUCCUAGAAAAAUUUGAUUUAAUAUACAAUUAUUUGAAUAUUAAUAUCACAGUGGCAUUUUGGCUGUUUGUAUGCUUGACCAAUUGACAAAGAGACUUCAGCUACUGUAUGUUGAAUCACCCUUGAAGAAAAAAUACAGAUAGGAUGUUGAAACAAAUAUCAUUUAAGUGAUUGUUGUAAUUAAGCUGUAGGCGACAGUGGGAGCCAAGAAAUUACGUACAAGGGAAUUUAGUAUUAAGAGACAUUCUUUUCUCUCUCAAGAUGAUCCAAAAUGAAAGUGGAAUUUUGAAUAUGAUUGCCUGCAUAGACCUCUGAGGUAUUUGUAGGUAAAAUAACACUUACUUAUUUUGUAUCUUAUCUGAAUUGAAAUUUAUUCUUGAUUUUUGUAAUGCAGUUUCACUUUGAUUUAAAGUUAUGUAAGGAUCAUAUGAAAAUAAAUUUCUAUCUUA